AUGGCAGAUCUAGGUUCAUCAAUGGCCUUUGCCAUCGGUCUAGUCUCAGUUGCCGGUUCAAUCUCAGUCUACGCCACCAAGAAAAUCAAACAAGCAAGAAAAGGAAAUCAAACCUCAAGACCGGCAAAGAAACCAUUACUUUUACCGUCUCUCGUUUCAUCUCCAUCAAGUCAAAAGAGCUCAGAUGAAGAUUCAGUAGCUCUAUCUGAGAUCAGAGCUGCUUAUCUGGCUAGAGCUGGAAUGGAAAAAAGUCUUUGGGAAAAACCUAGACCUUUAGCUCAACUCGACAGAUUACCUUGUUUCAAUGAAGGCAAUGAGGUUCACAAUCGAGAAAGUCAAGAUUCAGAAGUGGAAUCAGAAGAUUUUGUCAAAGAUGAAGGGGAGGGAAAGAAUGAAAUCAUUUGUAUGGACAGGUUAGGACCAAAUGAUAAUUCAACACGUCAAUCUCAUCGAGAAUCAGGAUCUAGUCUUAAUUCUUUCGCAAACUCAGAAGUUGGGAAUAGAGAUUCAUUCAUGAGCUGUAAUGAAUUUGAUUUCGAGCAACUGGGCGUUGUGAUUGGAUCUGGGUCUAGGCUUGGAAGGUUUCCCGCAGAACGCGUAGAGUUCGGUACUGCCAUCUAG